CAAGAGCCGGGAAGAAGACGCAAAAGCGUGCUCACGACGUCAGCCGCAGCUGCGCACGACCGGCCGCGCACGACGUCAGCCGCAGCUGCGCCCUCCGCCGCCUGACCCAGAAAAAGCCGAUCAUGAGCGCCAAGUCCUUUUCCCUGGACUUCAGAACGAGACCCUGGGCACUACGCACUUGGCCGAGUUCCACCAGCUCGAGGGCAUUGUGGCUGACCAUGAUUGCACCCUGGGGCAUCUCAGGGCCGUCAUGAGGCAGUUCUUCACCAAGCCGGGUAUCACCUAGCUGUGCUUCAAGCUGUCCUACAGGCCCUGCAGGGAACCCAGCAUGUGUUUUGUGUGGUGUUCCGGGAUCCCUGAGGCCUGAAGUAGUGGGUGGAGCCCAGAGUUCCCAGGCUCUUUGGUCUCAACAUGUUGCUGUCUCUGGGGCUUCCUGACAACCUAUGCAUCAUUGCUUGGGGCCUCUUCCUGGAGCACCUAAUGAUGAUCAACUAUGGCAUCAAUAGUAUCCGGGAGCUGGUGGACCACAAGGUAAACCUACAGGUGAUGUGCGACAGUCCCCUGUGCCGCCUGAACCUCGAACCGGAUUUCCAGACUCAAAAAGUCCGUUGUUCCUGUGUCUUCAGCCUGUUGGCCUUCGGACUACAACUAUACCAUCAGCUCUCCUGAUUCUUCAGCCUGUAUACUGCAGGUUUUGGGAUUUGUUGGCCUUCAUAAUCAUGUAAGCUAUUUUUUUAUAAUUUCUUUCUCUCUGUCUCUCUUUCUACACACAUACACAUACAUACAUGCACACACACACACACACACACACACACACACACACACUCACACACACCUUAUUGGUUCUAUUUCUCUGGAUAAACCUGACUAAUACAGGCAUCUUCUUAGAUGCCUAAUAAAUUCAAGGAUAGCUUAGCUACUUUUAUGAACAUUGAAAAUAGAACAGUACCUAUUUUUGUUUACCAUAACUAAGUUCUUGGAUUCCUAACACUGUACUGAGUCCAUUUCUAACUCCUGAUAUUUUUUGCCUGGUACAUACGUUUACCAAAGUAAGAUGAGAGAAGAGAGGUUAAAUGGUUGCUCUCAUACUGUAAUUUAGAACCACCAACCCCUGUGGAUCCUUAAUCCUUUUGCUAUGUCUAAAUAACUAGGUCUAUUAGACUUGUUUUUUAUAUGAUGGCAGCUAUUCUGAGAGUUGUAUUGACCUUCCCUCAAAUCUAACUUCUUUGGUUGUUGUGUGCUCCAUACCCCCCCCCAAAAGAUAUGACAUUUCUGUAAAUAUCUGAAUCUAUUCCAUUAGAAAGGAUUAUGCUAAUGCCAAUGGUGAUCAGUGUUUACCUAUAAGUACUUUCAGAUAAUGGCAUUUCUAACUGCAUUCUCUCACAGCUCCUGCCCUGCACCAAAUCAUAAACAAAAGAAUUAGCAGAAAACAUAAAUAGAAUUAUUAGUUACUUAUUUAACACCAAUGCAGUUUCCAGGGGGAAAGAACAUUUUAAAGGUCAAGCCAAAGAGGGGGAAGAUCCAUAGAUUUGUUUACAUAAAAUAGAAAAAUUAUGUUUAGGAAAUAAUUACAAACAACCCAAAGGCAAACAAGGAAUUGGAAUGAAUUUCUGGAAACUUCUGAGUAGGUAGUGGUGAAAAUUUUUAAUCUGUAUUUCACAUAAAAGUAGAAAUAAAGAGAAAAGUGAGGAGAUGGUUUAUAUUACUGAUAUGUAAACAUAUAAAAAUUAAAAUAGUGAUUUUACGGAAAGACAAAAUUUCAGCAAUGUAGCAAGAAUUGUGUGUGAGUUGUGUGUGUAUAUUUUUUAUAAUUUUAGUGCCUAGAAGGAAAUCUACGGUUCUGCUGUGAGUACAGACUGAAGUUACAUCUUUUUAAAUGUUUAUUUAUUUUUGAAAGAGAGAAAGAGACAGAGUAUGAGCGGGGGAGGGGCAGAGAGAAUGGGAGACACAGAAUACAAAGCAGGCUCCAGGCCCUGAGCUGUCAGCACAGUGCCCAACAAGGGGCUCAAACCCAUGAACCACGAGAUCAUGACCUGAGCUGAAGUCAGACCCUUAACCGACUGAGCCUCCCAGGUGCCUCUGAAGUUCAAUUUUAAGGGACAACUUAGUAUAAUGUGUCAAAUAGUUUUCAAUGAAUUAUUCUAAGAAAAUGACUGAAAACCUUUCCCCAAAUUUAUGUAUAAAUAUAUCUAUUAUAGAAAAGUGUAUAGAAAUUGAAAAGAAUAAAAU